AUGUCGCUGAAUGGGUUGGACGAUGCGCGGGUCAAGGAGGCGUACGAGACGGCAGUCGCGGAACCUGGGGGAUGGUUCCUCCUGAAAUAUGCCAGCCGCGAUGAGGUCGAAUUGCUCGGCCGGGGAAACGGGGGGAUUGUGGAGGUCCGCAACAAUAUCGCCCAGUAUGAGGACAAGUCGCCGUUGUACGGCUUCCUCCGAUACAGGCGCCGCAGUGUCCUUAUCAGGUAUCUCCCAGAAGGCUGUUCUAGGUUAAUCCAAGCUCGGGUAACCGUUCACUUUGAUGCCAUUUGCGACCGGUUUUCGCCCCAUGACACUACCUUUUCGAUUUCCGAUGCUAAGGAACUGAAGGACACCAAGCUGUCCGCGGCUUGCUCGCUUCAUGCCGCGUCUGGUUCAACGUCUUCGUCGACGAGUUCACUCCGCCGAAGGCGCUUGAUGGAAAUUGCGGAAGAGGAGGAGGAGGAAGAGCGGGAGAGGAAGCGCCAGUCGUUGGUUAAAGAGGACGAGCGCCCAAUAACGUCCGCAACGCUCUCGGGGCCGCCUGUCAGACUCGACGCGGAUUUAGCCAAGGUCCCCGAAGCAUCGCGAUUUGCCAACGAGCUUGAGCCGCCUAACUUUACAGGCGUCCCGAGGCCGUCUUCUCCUGCCAAGUCAUUCGACGAAAGCUCGAGGCGCAUGUCCUCACAGUCGUCACGAACAAACGAACUCUACCCAACUUCUUCUUACCCAUAUUCAAAGCCGCGUGUCAAACUCGGCCCGCGACCAUCGGCAGAUACCGGACGCCCAGGCUCUUCCGGGGGUUCAGCAGCUCGGGUGGCGACGGUCCCAGCUGGUCUUAAAUCGAUGUCGAAAGGUCCUCGAAAGGCUCGUUCCCACUCGCAAGGCCAGGACGAUGGAGCUCCAGGGUCGCCCAACCAGGGGCAAGGCGAGAGUGCUUUCCCGUCUAUCGACGUUACCGGAGCUGAUGGGAACCUGUCACAGAAGGAACUCCCCCAAGUCCCAGCCGCCAGCGCGGCAACCGAGGCGCUAAUGGAGGCGAUUUCGGCACAGAAGGCUAACAUGCAGGCCCCGACUUCGCCUUCCGGGAAACAAAACGCAAUCUCCCCCGAAAAGGCCCGUCUUCUGAAGGCUAUGAAGUUGAGAGAGAAAAAGAAGCUGAAGAACCUGCAACCCACACUAAACGCUCCUGACACCGAUAUUCCAUCUGCCCCUAGCACGCCUGGGCUCCCCGAAGACGUACAGGAGUCCGAGGUGACAGCGGAGUCAAAGGCAGUAGCGACAGUAGAGACGCCGCUGGAACCCGAACCCCGGACUGAGGACUCUGAGCAACCGGAUGAUGACCUUGUGGCCAUGAAAUCCGACUCUGGGAUCGACGUUGCGACAGACCAAGCGUCCGUAAAUACCGUAGAUUCUCAUCCUACGACGCCUGGUGCCACCUCGGAGAUCGGCGAGUCUACCCAGGCUUCAUCCUUAUCUGACUCAACGGACGAGACGGUCUUGGCCAAGGAAGACCAACAAGACGACCCAGCCGACGAGCCGGAGCCCCGCGAAACUGCCGAGACUACCGGCGACAAGCCUGAAAUAGUACCGAGCGACAUUUCGCCCGCUGAGGACCGACCUGAUGAGAAGAAGGAAACCCCACAAGAUAGACAGUCACAGGCGACUAUCAUCGCGCCCAAGGAAGAACCCGUUGCGGAACCCGAGGAAGGUAUUGCGGCGCCCGAGGAACCCGCUCUAGUGUCCGAGGAGCCUGUCUCAGCAUCUGAAGCAGCAGUUGAAGAGCCCGCCGUCGAUAAAGAAGUGCCGACAGCGGACGCCGAAACGACGCCAACUCAAGCUACCCCCGCUGAGCAGGAGACAAAUGACAUUUUGCCGAGUGAGACAGUUCCGGAAUCAGGACCCGAUCCCAUCGUUCAGAAACCGACAGAGAGUGAUGCUGAACUCCCUGCUAUUGAACAAGCCCCGGCAGCACAAAUCCGGAUACCGGUAUCCAAGUUUUCGACACGGGAAGCAAAACCCACCUCAGCCGCCGUCGGCUCUGACAGCCCGCCAACUAUUAGUCAGGCCCCAGAGGUAGAUUCGCAGGAUGUUGAGCCAGUACCGCCCCCAGUGCCGGAAAAAGAUAAUGUUCUCCCUCAGCUGUUGUCGGCCGAGACGGAGUAUGUCGAUGGGAGGGGACGGAAGCUUCCAGACCCCAUUCAAACUGAUUUCGACUCCCCGGAAAACGACAAGCGCCGUUCGAUGAUUAGCAUCUUAGAAAACGACGGCCUCAUGGACGAAUUGCAAUCGGCCACCGUGCAGGAGGCCACGCCCGUUGCUGUGUCGAAGUCUCCGCUGUCGCCUUUCUUCGGGCUCGACCAGCCUUCUAAACAGCGGCCCGUUAGCGUCUUGGAGGAUACUGGGGCACAACGUUUUGCACGGACCGUCUCGAACCCAGUCCGUAACUCGUUCCUAUCCCCCAGUGAAAUGCCGUCUGGCCAGGCUCGAUCUGCCUCUGCCGGUACUGCCCAUCAACAAAGGGGCUUUCAACAACAGACACCGACCGAGGCACGACCCAAGAGUGCCAAGCUGGGCUCCAGCAUUUCACAGCGGAUCAAGGCCUUGGAGAAGUUCUCAAGUAGCCCACCGGGCACGGAGCCCGUGACGACACCCAAGGAUCGUCCUGCCUCAACAUUUUUCGCUGUCCGCAAAACUAGCAUACGAGAGCCGUCUCGGCCAUCGUCCGUGGUCGAUCGGGACAGCUCAGUGACAAGGGUUGCCUCACCUUCCCCACCAGCCUCGAGGGAUUCGACGUCCGCCGAGGCGACGAGGACCAUGGGGCGUGGGCGUUCCGGAUCCUUGGUCAACCGGCUGUCCAUGUUCGAAGGAGGUAUGCCUCCAAGAGGACGUCCUGAUUCUGUCCAGGUCACAGCUAGGAUCGUCCGGGAUCCGAGCAAACCGUUUUCCAAGGGCCUCGAGCCGAGCGGUGGCAACUCAACGGAAUAUGGUGCCCUGGACUUGAAGCAGUCGCCCUUGGUCGUGGAUGUGCAGAACCGCAUGGACUCUCGGAGUCCCGUGCGGCCCCCGAGUUCCAACUCGGUGCGCACUCUAGAACGGGAUAUUGCCGAGCAGGCUAAGCAAUCUGUGAUUGAGCGACGGCAAUCCAAGCGGUCUCGGGAUGGCGAGGGAGAUUCCCCGACAGAAGCCACCGAGGGCCGUCGUCCCCGGCGCCGGUCAUCACUCUCGGUCGUCAAGGACUUCAUCAAAGACCGCACCGGGUCGGUCAUUGGCGGCAAGUCAGGCUCCAGCGACAGCCUCGGCUCUGCGGGCGUCACCUCGCCAGGCACCUCGCGGCCCCCUUCUCGCGCCCCAUCGGUGCAGCCAUCGGGCUCUCUCGUCCGCCGUCUAAGCGUCAGCAGCCGGCGCUCGUCCAUCGAGCGAAACCACACCCCGCUCUCCUCUGUGUCCCUUGCCACCAGCCGGGCCACCGACAUCAACUUCGACUUUGACGCCGACGCCAAGAACGGAAGCGGAUCGAGCGAGAAGCGAUUCGGCGCCGGCAGCUCAGACCCGGCCAGCCCCAAGAGCGGCAACGGGACCGGCAGCCGGGCGUCGAGGUUCAUGCGUCGCAUCUCCAACACUCUCGCUACCGGCCGGAAGACCGGGGCCCCAUCGAUCUCCCCCACAGUGACCGAGGAGAACGCCGCCGAGGUCGAAGCCGCGUCAAAGGGCAACUCGGCCAUCAACAGCGCAGCUACUCAAUCCCCGCCCAGCAUCGUGGCCUUCAUGGGCGAUGUCAACGUCCAGUUCCCGGACAACCUCCUGUGGAAGCGCCGCAGCAUCUGCCUUGACAGCACGGGCUUCCUGAUCCUCAGCGGCGUGCAGGGCGCGGCGAUGAUGCCCGCCGCUGUUCCCGGCAGGGACCGCCACGGCGCGCUGAUCAAGCGGUACCACAUGAGCGACUUCAAGGCGCCAUAUGCACCGGAUGUGGAGCUCCAGGAGCUGCCGAACAGCGUUGUUCUUGACCUGGUUGAAGGAAGCGCGGUGCAGAUCGCUUGUGAGGACCGGGCUGGGCAGAUGAGCAUUCUUCGCAUCCUUGAGGAAGCCCAUCGCAACCACUCCAACUUCUAA